GCCGCGUUCCGUUAUUGUGACUCUCAUGCCCGUCGUCAGCGUGGGCUUCAUCGGCUCCGGCCGCUUGGCCGAGCGCGUGGCCCGCGAGCUGGUCAAGAACGUGGCGCCGCAGCGCAAGUUCAGCUACAAGAAGCAGCGCCUCGUGUCCACGCUGCUGGCCGCGGACCCGUCCGAGGAGCGGCGCCGCGUGUUCCACGGCCUGGGCUUCACCACCACCGCAGCCAACCAGGACGUGCUGGCCGACUGCGACCUCGUGUUCCUGGGCACCGACGUGCGCCAGGCGCUGGCCACGCAGGCCACCAACGCGCACACGCUCUACGUGAGCCUCAUGGGCGACCUGCCGGCCCAGCAGGUCGAGGAGCUGCUGUGCCCUGGCGCCAAAGUCAUCCGCAUGAUGCCGCAGAGCUACCUGGAGAAGGCCGGCCUGCCCAAGGGCGUGCUGCCGCCGCGCUCGUGGGCCACGGUGCGCGGCUCCCAAGUGAGCGACCAGGACAUGGAGAAGGUGCUGCGCAUCGCCGGAAUCGACAACUGCGUCGAGGUGGACGAGAACUUGACGUCCUGGUCCUUCCCGCGCGAAGAGGGCCAGGGCCUCAUCCACCGGUUCGUCAACUCCAUGAGCGACCACGCCGUCGCCGCCUCCAGAGCAGUGCACGAGCUGGAGCAGCAGCAGGAAACUGAGGCUGACGCGGAGGACGUCGAGGCGGACUUUAAAGACACUUACAAGCUCGGCCCGGAGCUCGGCACGGGCAAGUUCUCCACGGUCUUCAAGGCCACCCACCGAGACACUGGCGAGAUCGUCGCGGUCAAAUCCAUCAAAGACGACGACGCCCUGACCGAGGAAGGAGGCGAGAUGCUUAUCGCCGAGGUGGGCGCGCUCAACCGCCUCAAGCACCCGAACAUCAUCUCGCACCACGGCUUCUACAACGAGGACGGCAAGUACCUGCUCGUGCUCGAGUACUGCAACCGCGGCAGCGUGCGCAAGAUGCUGGACGAGCACAAGACCAUGUGCGGCACCCCGCAGUAUCUGAGCCCGGAGCUCGUGUCCGGCCGUCUGCACGGCACGCCGGCCGACAUCUGGAGCACGGGCAUCAUGACCUACAUGAUGCUCAGCGGCGUGGUGCCGUUCGACGAGGCCAAGAACGACACGGAGCUGUUCAAGCUCAUCAGCCUUGGUGCCCUGUGGUACGACCAGCCGCAAUGGAGCAAGGUCUCUCCAGCGGCCAAGAGCUUCGUGCAGAGCAUGUUGGACAUCUCGCCGGAGUCGCGAGCCACUGCAACGGAGCUCUUGAAGCACGAAUGGCUUCAAGGUGCAUGA